AUUGUUUGCUGCAGCCCAGAAACUGAAUCUGAAAGGGGAAGAGGAGAAGCUAUCCAUUAGAACCAUCCAUCAGAAAGUGUCGCAACUGCAAGGCUCAAAGGUUUCAUUCAGCAUCUCUCCAGUGGCGCAACCACAUAAGACAUACCAUAUCAAGCAAGCCUUCACAGCCAAUCACCUAGGGUUAGCUCAACAAUCCUAUCCUAUGGAGGCCCUUGUAAGUAAGUACAAACACCUAAAGGGACUUCCUAUCCAGUCCUUUGAGAAGAUUCACCCACUCUUGCUAAUUGGUGCUGAUCAGCCUCAUCUAAUCACUCCAAUCGAGCCAGUUAACCUGGGACCACCUGGCGGGCCAGCCGCCAUCAAAACAAGACUGGGUUGGACACUACAGGGCCCAGUGAAGCUUCUUCUGAAUCCUCUUCAUCCUCAGCAGGUCCUUUUCACCUCUUUGUCACCCAAGCAUACAGAGCUGAUGAGAAAUGUCACAAAGCUAUGGGAACUGGACAUUCUCCCCUAUCGUAAUGAGAAACAGGUCACUCGCUCCAGAGAGGAUCAGGCGGCCCUUGAAAUCCUGAACAAAGGAACUGUGAGAGUUGACGUGAAUGGCAUUCAGAGGUAUGCCACCCCACUGUUGCGUAAAUCCAGUAUGGCUUGUCUUAACGCCUCCGAAGAAGCAGUAAUGCCACUCCUUCGUAGAACUGAAAGGCAUCUCUUGAAAGACCCAGAACGAGCAGCUACCUAUUCUGCGGAGAUCAAGAAAUUGUUGGAGGAAGGUUAUGUGGCCAAACUCGAUCCAGACAAACCACCACAGAGCCUUGAGCGGUGGUUCAUACCACAUCAUAUGGUCAUGCACAAUGACAAAAAUCGACUGGUAUUCAACUGCUCGUUCCAGUACAAGGGAAUGAACCUAAAUGAGUCCCUUCUACCUGGCCCAGUACUAGGUCCGUCCCUCCUUGGAGUCCUGAUAAGAUUCAGAGAGCAUUCUGUAGCGGUGAGUGGGGACGUGAAAGGAAUGUUCCAUCAAGUUAGACUUCUGGAACAGGACAGACCUAUCCUGCGAUUCCUUUGGAGAGAUAUGGAACGAGACAGAGAACCGGACAUCUAUGAAUGGCAGGUGCUCCCAUUCGGCACUACUUGCAGCCCUUGCUGCGCUUCCUAUGCCCUGCAUAAACAUGUCCUUGACAACACGGAGUCGAGUGAUGACCUGCAAUUCACUAUUCAAAGGAGUUUCUAUGUUGACAACUGUCUUCAGAGCCUGAACACAGCCUAUGAGGCCAGAGGGCUGAUUGACCGACUCAGAAAGCUACUGGCAAGUGGAGGAUUUAACAUCCGGCAGUGGGCUUCAAACCAACCUGGAGUAGUAAGCCAUCUACCUAAGGAAGCUCAGUCUGCCAGUACCGAACUGUGGUUGUCACAAAGGGAAACUGAAGUUCCUGAAUCCACUCUGGGUCUGCACUGGCACUGUCCCACAGACACUCUUAGGUACAAGCACCGUCCUUUAGAGUAUGGACUACCCACAAUGCGCAAUUUAUAUCGGGUUCUCGCCAGUCAAUAUGACCCAUUGGGCUUCAUUCUCCCCUACACGACCAGAGCGAAAAUUUUAGUUCAGAAACUGUGGGCUAAGCCGAGAGAAUGGGACGAUCCUCUAUUUCCUGAUGAACUUUUGCAGAGCUGGCUACAGUGGGAGGCUGAACUUAAGUCUCUUUCCUCCAUUACCUUUCCUAGAUGCUAUGUGACUCCAGAAAUGGACAAUGAUUCUGUAAGGAGAGAGAUACAUGUGUUCUGUGAUGCAUCAGAAAGGGCCUAUGGUGCAGUGUCAUACCUGAGAACAGAGAACAGUCAAGGCAAGGUACAGUUAGCAUUCCUAAUCGCACGCUCCAGAGUUGCACCCAAGAAACAGUUAUCAGUUCCCAGACUUGAACUCUGUGCCGCACUCUGUGGAGCUCAGUUAGCAGAGAUGCUAAGGAAAGAACUUACACUUGAAUAUCACAGGAUUACCUUGUGGUCCGAUUCCACCACAGUACUUAAUUGGUUGCAGUCAGAGUCCUGCCGGUUCAAAGUCUUUGUUGGCACCAGGGUUGCAGAGAUACAAGAAACUACAAAUCCACAGGAUUGGAGGUACGUGGACUCUGCUCUGAAUCCUGCGGAUGAUCUAACAAAGGGAAAAUCGCUUGAGGACCUAGCCACUCCAAACAGAUGGAGCAAUGGACCCCCGUUCCUUUUAAUGCACUCUGAUCACUGGCCAAAGAGCCCUGCUGCCAGCUGUCUGAAAGAUGACUCAGAGUUACGCAAGUCAACAUUUUGCGCCCUAAAUGUAGUGACCUCCAAAGCAGAAAUUCCUGAUGCCAGCCAGUUUACAACUUACAGAGAAUUACUGGAAGCUACUGCACGAUGUGUCCAUGGGGUGGCAAAUGAAGAACCACUGACAGCUGGAGACUUCCUACAAGCAGAAAUCCUUCAGUGGAGAGCAUCUCAGCUGGAUAGCUUCUUUGAUGACUUCCAAUGCCUGAAACAAGGUAAACCUCUCCCUUCUAACAGUAAACUACUCACCUUGAGUCCAGAGCUGGAUGAAGAGAUGGAUGUUAUUCGAGUGGGGGGAAGACUUCGACGAGCCGAAGCACUCGACAUAGCAACUAAGCACCCAAUUGUCCUUGACCCUAGUCAUGCCCUUACCAAGCUCAUCAUUCAAGAUUAUGACCACCAGUUGAAACAUCCUGGCCCAGAGAGAGUCCUGGCUGAAGUCAGAAGGAAGUUUUGGAUUCUGCGUGGCAGAGAGGCCAUCCGCAAUCACCAGUUUCGAUGCACUGACUGUCGGAGAUGGAGAGCCAGCCCAAAAAUCCCACAAAUGUCAGACUUACCUGUAGCUCGACUUCAAUUAUUUAAGCCUGCAUUUUAUUCCACAGGAAUGGAUUGCUUUGGGCCCUUCUCAGUAAAGAUUGGACGGAGAGUGGAGAAAAGAUGGGGAAUAAUUUGGAAGUGUUUGACAACCAGAUGCAUCUACUUAGACAUACUAGCAAGUAUUGACUCUGAUUCCUUCCUUAUGGCAUUUAGGAGGUUUGCGGCACGUAGAGGAACACCCUUCGAACUUUGGUCUGAUCAAGGGACUAAUUUUAAAGGCGGGGAAAGAGAAUUGCAUGAAGCCUUCAAAAGUAUGUCACCUGAGUUACAGCUACAGUUAGCGAAGCAGAAAGUUCACUUCCGCUUCAACCCACCUGGAGCCCCUCAUUUCGGAGGAGCAUGGGAACGGGAGAUACGAUCUGUUAAAUCAGCUUUGUAUGCUUCUGUGGGUGCUCAAUCUGUUACAGAGGAAGUCCUCAGGACAGUGUUAACUGAGGUAGAGGGAAUACUGAACUCCAAGCCUCUUGGAUACCUAUCCUCGGAUGUUUCAGAUAUUGAUCCUGUUACCCCGAAUCACCUUCUCAUGGGGCGGCUUGACGGCUCUCUCCCACAAGUUGUAUAUCCUCAAAGCGAAAUGAUCAGUCGGAAACGAUGGCGCCACAGUCAGAUCCUCACUGACUUAUUCUGGUCUGCGUUCAUCAAGUACUAUCUACCCAAUCUGCAAACUCGAUCUAAAUGGCAGAAGGAUGUCGAGGACAUUGCCAUUGGAAACGUUGUUAUGCUGGUAGACCCCCAAUUGCCUAGAGCUAUGUGGUUGAUCGGAAAGGUCACCAAUGUCAUGCCAAGUUCAGAUGGGCAUAUCAGAACUGCGGAGGUGCUCAUCAAGGGACGGACUUAUACCAGACCAGUUUCAAGGAUGAUUGUACUUCCUGCCAUUCCUGAUGACACAGAUACCUCAUAACUGUGGGCCAUUUAUCAGGGACAAAUUUAGUGCCUAAAUUUGGGGGCGGCUGUACAAAAGGCCCUCAAGAAAUCAAGCAUGUAUAUAGUUAAUUCGGAAGCAUUACCUACUAUGUCCAGUACGUGGCAGUAUACCCUCACUUUCGUUCACUGCAAGUGUUGCAUCAGCCGUAGCUGCGAUUGCGUUAGGAGGAAAUUACCUUAAGCUCCGGUCAGAUGUGGACUGUUAGCGCUUGAUUCCUGCUAAACUCACCUGUUCUGAUUAUUCCUGAGUGGUUUUAGUUGAUGUGCGUCAAUGACGAUAUAACCACAUCCAUAUAUAUCCAAUUGUAUAUAUUGGAACCACAGAAAGAAAUACCUUUAUGCCAUACCGUGCUGAUUGCUGAUUCUGACUCAUAAACAUCCAAGUAAACCUACAUCAACCU